AUGUCGACGGGCGGUGAUGAGUCCGCGGCGAGUGUGGAGACGUCUGCGCAGAUGGCCUCGAGGCCUCAGCCUGCUCCGAGGGUGACACCCUUGGAUCAGGUGUCGAGGGGCGUCGGUGUGCCGCAGGCCCGAAGCAGCGGCGCGGGCAAGCGCAGCAUGAGUGCCCGCUCCGGGGCCGUCGCCAAGGACGCAGCACCGCUCGCGCCGGUUAAAGCCCUCAAGACCGGGGCACGCGCCAUUCCGCACAUGGCGCCGCAACCUCUGCCCGUCGUAGAUAUCGUGGCGGAGGCCGCGAAGCUGCAGGCAGCGAUGGCUCAAGGAACUCAAGCGGCGCAGCAGGCUCUAGCGCCGGGGAACGGGGGCGACGCCGGCCAGAGCGGAGCUGAAACAGCUGCUCCGGCUGAUGCCAUGGGGGAAGCCGGUCGGGGAGGCGCUGACGACGCCGCCCGGCCGGUCGUCGAAGCCGAGGUCGGUUGGACCGGCGCGGAUAGCACCGCCUGGCCGGUUGCAGAGGAAGGAUCUGGUGGGGGUGCGCAGGAGCGCCCCGCCAGCCAGACAGAGGCGGAGACCCUCGUCCCCGGCCCCCCGGGGGCUGGGGUCGAGGGAGCCGCAGAGGAGAAGUUGGCGCCGAGGGCGCCAGUGGCGGAGGAAGCCCGCGUCUCGGGGCCUACAGAAGCCCGGGAUGAGAGCGUCGUUGCACUACCAGACAGCAGCGGGGAAUACGGGGAUUCGAGAGACAUCGACCCUGCUGAUGCGGCGAGCGCUGCCGACAAGAUUGCUGAGUUCACGUCGGCCUGCGUGGAGGUGCUCGACAAGGGGACAACCAGGGGGCCGCAACACGGGGCAAUUAUCCAGUCUGUGGUCCCCCCGGAGCUUCUCCGCAAUGAGCGAGAUGAGGAGGCCGUCUGGCAGGCGCAGUUCGAGGCAGGUUCUCAGAUUCAGAACCAUCUUGAACGCGCCCUGGAGCUCCAUCGAAUGACGGAUUACCAGAUCAGCCAGAGGGCCGCAGCGGAGCACAAGGCUCGGGAAGCCAAGGCGCAAACUGCCGAGCUGCAAUACCUUAGGACGACGCUUGAGAAGAAGGCUCGGGAAACCGAGGCGCAGACCGCCGAGCUACAGUGCCUUAGAACGGCACUUGAGCAGAAGGAGACCGAGCUUCUCCAGAACGAGGUGACCAUCGUCACGCUCUCCGGGACCCUCCAGGAAAAGGGCGAAGCCCUCGAGGAGAAGGAGGUGGCUAUAUAG